CUACAGACAAUGAGCGGCUUGUACGAUACGAUCGAACCCAACGUGAUCGACAAUGACAUGCUCAAAAACGCCGUGGAGGAACAAGGUCCGAAAGACGAAGCUGGGCGUAUCGCCAAGAUGGAGGGCAUCGACUUUAAGGAUGUCACCAGCUUGCACCUCGAUUUCAAAAAUAUCCUGAAGAUCGAUAACCUUUGGCACUUUGAAAAGCUAACAAAACUUCAGUUGGACAACAACAUCAUCGAGAAGAUCGAAGGAUUGGACACCUUGGUGAACUUAGUCUGGCUUGAUUUAUCGUUUAACAAUAUAGAGGUGAUCAGCGGACUGAACGCUCUGACCAAGCUGGAGGAUCUGAGCUUGUACAAUAACAGGAUAUCCGUCGUUGAAAACAUGGACAGCCUGAAGAACUUGCAGGUCCUUUCUCUGGGCAACAACAACCUGACGUCCCUGGAAAAUCUCACCUACCUGCGAAAGUUCAAGAAACUACGGUCGUUAAAUCUCUCUGGAAACCCUUUUUGUGAAGAAGAACAUUACAAAAUAUACAUUGCUGCCCACCUCCCAGAGCUGGCGUAUCUGGACUUCAGACUGAUCGCGGACAACAUUAGAGACGUUGCCAGCUUGAAGUACCAAUAUUCCAUCGAGGAGCUGAACCAAAACGAGGCCCUGGAACGGCGCAAGCAGGAGACGGAGGAACAGAGGCAAAGAGAGCUCGAUUCACACAAGGCUGCGUUUGUGGAAUACCUGGACGGUCCGUUCCUUUUUGACAGCAUGUAUGCAGAGGACGCGGAUGGCACCAAAUUAUCGAGCCUACCAGCGGUCGCCGAAUUAAUGGAUGACUACCGGAGUAAAUGCGUCGCCGUUUGCCAGAGUAUAUUUGAAUUUGGCCUGAAACAUCAUGAGAAGCGAGAGGCGGAAAUUAAAAUUUUUAACGAAUGUCUGCAAGAGGCUGUCGCGGAAAACCAAGCAGCAGGAGCUCAGAAGAUCCAGGAGUUUACGGAGAACAAUACUGAGCUUCUCAACGAGUUGACCCAAACCGCGGACCAACAGAAAGUCGAUGAAAAGACUUUCCAAUACAACCAAGACGUCGGCCGGCUGAUGGACGCCUUGCUGACCCUGGAGCUACAACUAGUGGACCAGCUAGAAGAAAUUAUUAAGGAGUACGAGAGGAACGUAGCCGAAUUGGCCUCGUCGUUCCUGGAGACCGUACAGGGCUUGAUGUCUCAGAUCCGAGACCUGGAGAAUCACCAUCACGAGAGGCUCACGGAGCUGUCAAUCACCAUGUUGGAGAGGGUAAUGAAAGGAGAGAUGGACGAAGACAUGUCCGAUGACGUUCGCACGCUCUUCGUUGAUAAAGACACAAUUCUCAACGCGGUGAGCGCCUCCCACGAUAGCCACCUGCUGAAGAUUGAUAACCGGGAGGAUGAACUCGUUACCAAAAUCAACAGUUGGUCAAGCAGCAUAAUCAAAAAGGUACACGCGGACGAACUGCGCAGGAAUCGGCAACGAGUCACAGAAAUCAACAAGUACGUCGACCAUCUAAGGGACGAGCUGGAUAAUCUAGAGCUGCAUGACCCGAUGUGACUGCCAGCUCCGCCAUCGCUUACUCCAUCGGCCCUGGCAGCGGCUUCUUCCUGACGCAAACGGAGGUUUUAGACCGGGCUAAACAUACCGCAGACUUGAUGCCUUCUUACUUUCUUGGUCUGUCCUAAUAUGACAGUUAAAAAACAUUCACCAAAUUACUGUUACGUUUGUACAUAAAGUAAGUAAUGAAAUGUUAAGUUUCUUAACUUCUCCUUUAGCAUUAAUAAUAGACCCGUUUUU